CGACAACAAUGGCUCUUCUCGUCGAUAAGCAUCGUCCGCGAACUCUCGACACCCUCUCAUAUCACCCCGAACUUUCUGAACGACUGCGAGCUUUGGCAAAUAGCGGCGAUUUCCCACAUCUGCUCAUCUAUGGCCCAUCAGGAGCAGGCAAGAAAACACGAAUCACAGCCACUUUACGCGCACUAUACGGUCCUGGUGUCGAGAAGAUCAAGAUAGACAGCCGAGUCUUCCAAACUACUACAAAUCGCAAACUCGAAUUCAACAUUGUCUCAUCCAACUACCAUCUCGAAAUCACUCCUUCAGAUGUCGCCAACUAUGACCGAGUCGUGGUGCAAGACCUGCUCAAGGAAGUCGCGCAAACACAGCAAGUCGAUCUAUCGGCAAAGCAGAGAUUCAAGGUCGUGGUCAUCAACGAGGCGGAUCAUCUGACAAGAGAUGCACAAGCAGCACUGAGACGGACGAUGGAAAAGUACUCGCCGAAUCUACGUCUCAUCCUGCUCGCGAACAGCACAAGCAACAUCAUCGCUCCUAUCAGAUCUCGUUGUUUGCUGGUAAGAGUUGCUGCACCCACCGAAGAAGAAAUCUGUGAAGUUUUGGCGAAAGUCGGGAAAGACGAGCGAUAUACAGCAUGUCAGCCAUUGGAGAGGAGGAUUGCGAAAGAGAGUAAGAGGAACUUGAGACGAGCACUUCUCAUGUUUGAAGCGGUGCAUGCACAAAACGAGAAUGUGUCAGAGAAGACGCCGAUUCCGCCACCGGAUUGGGAGGCGUUGAUUGAGGUUAUUGCGAAGGAAAUUGUGGAGGAGAGAAGCCCGGCGCGGAUAUUGCACGUCAGAGCGAAGCUGUACGACCUUCUCACACACUGUAUACCAGCGACGACGAUUUUGAAGACUUUGACAUUCAAGCUCAUGCCCAAGCUCGACGACACUCUGAAGCCAGAAAUCGUCAAGUGGGCAGCUUUCUACGAACAUCGCAUCCACAUGGGCAGCAAAGUCAUCUUCCAUUUGGAAGCCUUUGUCGCAAAGUUCAUGCGAUUGUACGAAGGACACCUCCUCGGUAUGGAUCUCGACGAUUUCGAUGAUUGAGCAACGAGCAAAGACAAAAGGGUUUAUAUCUGCGCAACAUUCACAUGUUUCGAGUGCAACAUUAGCGGGGCGUUUCUGGGCGUGGUGUGUGUGGAUCUUCUGCAGGGUAUAUAUAGUUUCGUCAUCGUCACGACCCUCUCUCCAGCUAAAGAGGGCGGGCAAGCACCACAAUGGCAGUCAUUUGUUCCACCGUAACCAC